AUGACGAUGAAAAGGGGAGAGGUUGUUAGUGGCGGCAGUUGCAGCGGUGAUAGCGACGAUGACGAUGGCGGUGGUGAUGGCGGUGGUGAUGGCGAUGGCGGUGGCGGUAGCGAUGGUGGUUGGCAGCGACGCAGCGUUCACGAUAAUGUUGAUGGUGGUGGUGGUAGCGAUAGAGGUGGCGGGGGUAGUUACGGAGGUGGUGGAGGUGGCGGAGGCGGUGGAGGAGAUGAAGGUGGCGGAAGUGGCGGAGGUGGUCGAGGUGGUGGAGGUGCUGGAGGUGCUGGAGGUGGCGGAGGUGGCGGGGGUGGUGGUAGUGGCGAAGGAGAAAGAGAAAGAGGAGAUAGGGACUACUAUAUGGCAGCGGGUGCAUGUUUGGCUUGUACAUGCGAAUACGUAAGAUACUAUAGAAGAGAAAAGGUGCCGUUCGUGCACGAGAUGGAAAGAGACGGUAAGUGA